AUGGCCGAGAAUGUGGUGGAACCGGGGCCGCCUUCAGCCAAGCGGCCUAAACUCUCAUCUCCGGCCCUCUCGGCGUCGGCCAGCGAUGGCACAGAUUUUGGCUCUCUAUUUGACUUGGAGCACGACUUACCAGAUGAAUUAAUCAACUCUACAGAAUUAGGACUAACCAAUGGUGGUGAUAUUAGUCAGCUUCAGACAAGUCUUGGCAUAGUACAAGAUGCAGCUUCUAAACAUAAACAGCUGUCAGAGUUGCUACGGUCUGGUAGUUCCCCUAACCUCAAUAUGGGAGUUGGUGGCCCAGGCCAAGUCAUGGCCAGCCAGGCCCAACAGAACAGUCCUGGAUUAGGUUUGAUAAAUAGCAUGGUCAAAAGCCCAAUGGCACAAGCAGGCUUGACUUCUCCCAACAUGGGGAUGGGCACUAGUGGGCCAAAUCAAGGUCCCACACAGUCCACAACAGGCAUGAUGAACAGUCCAGUAAAUCAGCCUGCCAUGGGAAUGAACACAGGGAUGAAUGCUGGCAUGAAUCCUGGAAUGUUGGCUGCAGGAAAUGGACAGGGGAUAAUGCCUAAUCAAGUCAUGAACGGUUCAAUUGGAGCAGGCCGGGGGCGACCAAAUAUGCAGUAUCCAAACCCAGGCAUGGGAACCGCAGGCAACUUAUUGACUGAACCACUGCAGCAGGGCUCUCCUCAGAUGGGAGGACAAACAGGAUUGAGAGGCCCCCAGCCUCUUAAGAUGGGAAUGAUGAGCAACCCCAAUCCUUAUGGUUCGCCAUAUACUCAGAAUUCUGGACAGCAGAUUGGAGCCAGUGGCCUUGGUCUCCAGAUUCAGACAAAGACUGUACUACCAAAUAGCUUAUCUCCAUUUUCAAUGGACAAAAAGGCAGUUCCUGGUGGGGGAAUGCCCAACAUGGGCCAACAACCAGCCCCACAGGUCCAGCAGCCAGGCCUGGUGACUCCGGUUGCCCAAGGGAUGGGUUCUGGAGCACACACGGCUGACCCAGAGAAGCGCAAGCUCAUCCAGCAGCAGCUAGUUCUCCUUUUGCAUGCUCACAAGUGCCAGCGGCGGGAGCAGGCUAAUGGGGAAGUAAGGCAAUGCAACCUUCCCCACUGUCGCACAAUGAAGAAUGUCCUAAACCACAUGACACACUGCCAGUCAGGCAAGUCCUGCCAAGUGGCACACUGUGCAUCUUCUCGACAAAUCAUUUCACACUGGAAGAAUUGUACGAGGCAUGAUUGUCCUGUGUGUCUCCCCCUCAAAAAUGCUGGAGAUAAGAGAAAUCAACAGUCAAUUUUGACUGGAGCACCCGUUGGACUUGGAAAUCCUAGCUCUUUAGGGGUGGGUCAACAGUCUACUCCCAGCCUAAGCACUGUUAGUCAGAUUGAUCCCAGUUCUAUAGAAAGAGCCUAUGCAGCUCUUGGACUACCCUAUCAAGUAAAUCAGAUGCCGACACAACCCCAGGUACAAGCAAAGAACCCGCAGAAUCAGCAGUCUGGGCAGUCUCCCCAAGGCAUGCGGCCCAUGAGCAACAUGAGUAAGUUUGUGUCCUUCUACCCAAUGAUGAGUGAAAAUGCCAGUGUGGCCUCUCUGGGUCCUAUGCCAACAGCAGCUCAACCAUCCAGUACUGGAAUUCGGAAACAGUGGCAUGAAGAUAUUACUCAGGAUCUUCGAAAUCAUCUUGUCCACAAACUUGUUCAAGCCAUAUUUCCUACUCCGGAUCCUGCCGCUUUAAAAGACAGACGAAUGGAAAACUUAGUUGCGUAUGCCCGGAAAGUCGAAGGGGACAUGUAUGAAUCUGCAAAUAAUCGAGCGGAAUACUACCACCUUCUAGCCGAGAAGAUCUAUAAGAUCCAGAAAGAACUAGAAGAAAAACGAAGGACUAGACUGCAGAAACAGAAUAUGCUACCAAAUGCUGCAGGCAUGGUACCAGUUUCCAUGAAUCCAGGGCCUAACAUGGGACAGCCACAACCAGGAAUGGCUUCUAACGGUCCCCUACCUGACCCAACUAUGAUCCGUGGCAGUGUGCCAAACCAGAUGAUGCCUCGGAUAACUCCACAACCUGGUUUGAAUCAAUUCGGCCAGAUGAAUAUGCCCCAGCCUCCUAUUGGACCCCGGCAAACCUCUCCUCUUCAGCACCACGGACAGUUGGCUCAGCCUGGAGCUCUCAACCCGCCUAUGGGCUAUGGGCCUCGCAUGCAGCAGCCUUCCAGCCAGAGCCAGUUCCUUCCCCAGACUCAGUUCUCAUCACAGGGAAUGAAUGUAACAAAUAUGCCUUUGGCUCCAUCCAGUGGUCAAGCACCAGUGUCUCAAGCACAAAUGUCUAGUUCUUCCUGCCCAGUGAACUCUCCUAUAAUGCCUCCAGGGUCUCAAGGGAGCCACAUUCACUGUCCGCCUCUGCCUCAAACGGCUCUGCAUCAGAAUUCACCCUCUCCUGUUCCUAGUCGUACCCCCACCCCUCACCACACUCCCCCAAGCAUAGGGGCUCAGCAACCACCAGCAACAGCAAUUCCAGCCCCUGUUCCUACACCUCCUGCCAUGCCACCUGGGCCACAGUCCCAGGCUCUCCAUCCGCCUACAAGGCAGACACCUACACCACCAACAACACAACUUCCUCCUCAAGUGCAGCCUUCACUUCCUGCUGUUCCUUCAGCUGACCAGCCCCAGCAGCAGCCUCGCUCACAACAGAGUACAGCAGCCUCUGUUCCUACCCCAACAGCACCACUGCUACCUCCACAGCCUGCAACUCCGCUUUCCCAGCCAGCUGUAAGCAUUGAAGGACAGGUAUCAAAUCCUCCAUCUACUAGUAGCACAGAAGUGAAUUCUCAGACCAUUCCUGAGAAGCAGCCCUCACAGGAAGUGAAAAUGGAGGCGAAAAUGGAAGUGGAUCAUCCAGAACCAGCAGAUACUCAGCCAGAGGAUAUUCCAGAGACUAAAGCAGAAAACUGUAAGGUGGAGCCUACAGAAACAGAAGAGAGAGGCACUGAGUUAAAAACUGAAAUAAAAGAGGAGGAAGACCAGCCAAGUACUUCAGCUACCCAGUCAUCUCCAGCUUCAGGACAGUCAAAGAAAAAGAUUUUCAAGCCAGAAGAAUUACGACAGGCACUGAUGCCAACACUAGAGGCACUUUACCGUCAGGAUCCGGAAUCCCUUCCCUUUCGUCAGCCUGUGGACCCUCAGCUUCUAGGAAUCCCUGAUUACUUUGAUAUUGUGAAGAGCCCCAUGGAUCUUUCUACCAUCAAGAGGAAGUUAGACACAGGACAGUAUCAGGAACCCUGGCAAUAUGUGGAUGACAUUUGGCUUAUGUUCAACAAUGCCUGGUUAUAUAACCGGAAAACAUCCCGGGUAUACAAGUACUGCUCCAAGUUGUCUGAGGUCUUUGAACAAGAAAUUGACCCAGUCAUGCAGAGCCUUGGAUAUUGUUGUGGCAGAAAGUUGGAGUUCUCUCCACAGACACUGUGUUGCUAUGGCAAACAGUUAUGCACAAUCCCUCGCGAUGCCACUUACUACAGUUACCAGAACAGGUAUCAUUUCUGUGAGAAGUGUUUCAAUGAAAUCCAAGGGGAGAGCGUUUCUUUGGGGGAUGACCCUUCCCAACCCCAAACUACAAUAAAUAAAGAACAAUUUUCCAAGAGAAAAAAUGACACACUGGAUCCUGAACUGUUUGUUGAAUGUACAGAGUGUGGCAGGAAAAUGCAUCAGAUCUGUGUCCUUCAUCACGAGAUCAUCUGGCCAGCUGGAUUUGUCUGUGAUGGCUGUUUAAAGAAAACUGCACGAACUAGGAAAGAAAAUAAGUUUUCUGCUAAAAGGUUGCCAUCUACCAGGCUUGGCACUUUUCUGGAGAAUCGUGUGAAUGAAUUUUUGAGGCGACAAAAUCACCCUGAGUCAGGAGAGGUCACUGUUAGGGUAGUUCAUGCUUCUGACAAAACUGUGGAAGUCAAACCAGGCAUGAAAGCAAGGUUUGUAGAUAGUGGAGAGAUGGCAGAAUCCUUUCCAUAUCGAACCAAAGCCCUCUUUGCCUUUGAAGAGAUUGAUGGUGUUGACUUGUGCUUCUUUGGUAUGCAUGUUCAAGAGUAUGGCUCUGACUGCCCUCCACCCAACCAGAGGAGAGUAUACAUAUCUUACCUUGAUAGUGUUCAUUUCUUUCGUCCUAAAUGCUUGAGGACUGCUGUCUAUCAUGAAAUUCUAAUUGGAUAUUUGGAAUAUGUCAAGAAAUUAGGGUACACAACAGGGCAUAUUUGGGCAUGUCCACCAAGUGAGGGAGAUGACUAUAUCUUUCAUUGCCAUCCUCCUGACCAAAAGAUACCCAAGCCCAAGCGACUGCAGGAAUGGUACAAAAAGAUGCUUGACAAGGCUGUGUCAGAGCGUAUUGUCCAUGACUACAAGGAUAUUUUUAAACAAGCUACUGAAGAUCGACUAACAAGUGCAAAAGAAUUGCCUUACUUUGAGGGUGAUUUCUGGCCCAAUGUUCUGGAAGAGAGCAUUAAGGAACUGGAACAGGAGGAAGAAGAGAGAAAGCGAGAAGAAAACACCAGCAACGAAAGCACAGAUGUGACAAAGGGAGACAGCAAAAAUGCUAAAAAGAAGAAUAACAAGAAAACCAGCAAAAACAAGAGCAGCCUAAGUAGGGGCAACAAGAAGAAGCCUGGCAUGCCCAAUGUAUCCAAUGAUCUUUCACAGAAACUGUAUGCCACCAUGGAGAAGCACAAAGAGGUUUUCUUUGUGAUCCGCCUCAUUGCUGGCCCUGCUGCCAACUCUCUGCCUCCCAUCGUUGAUCCUGACCCUCUCAUUCCCUGUGAUCUAAUGGAUGGUCGGGAUGCAUUUCUCACCCUUGCAAGGGACAAGCACCUGGAGUUCUCUUCACUCCGAAGAGCCCAGUGGUCCACCAUGUGCAUGCUGGUGGAGCUGCACACACAGAGCCAGGACCGCUUUGUCUAUACCUGCAAUGAGUGCAAGCACCACGUGGAGACACGCUGGCACUGCACUGUCUGUGAGGAUUAUGACUUAUGUAUCACCUGUUAUAACACUAAAAACCAUGACCACAAAAUGGAGAAACUAGGUCUCGGCUUAGAUGACGAGAGCAACAACCAGCAGGCUGCAGCCACCCAGAGCCCAGGAGACUCCCGCCGCCUGAGCAUCCAGCGCUGCAUCCAGUCUCUGGUCCAUGCCUGCCAGUGCCGGAAUGCCAAUUGCUCCCUGCCCUCUUGCCAGAAGAUGAAGCGGGUUGUGCAGCAUACCAAGGGUUGUAAACGGAAAACUAAUGGUGGAUGCCCCAUCUGCAAGCAGCUCAUUGCCCUCUGCUGCUACCAUGCCAAGCACUGCCAGGAGAACAAGUGCCCUGUGCCAUUCUGCCUAAACAUCAAGCAAAAGCUCCGGCAACAGCAGCUGCAACACCGGCUACAGCAGGCCCAGAUGCUCCGCAGGAGAAUGGCCAGCAUGCAGCGAACUGGUGUGGUGGGGCAGCAGCAGGGUCUGCCCUCCCCAACUCCUGCCACGCCAACCACGCCAACUGGCCAACAGCCAACCACCCCACAAACACCCCAACCCCAGCCCACCUCUCAGCCCCAGCCCACCCCUCCCAACAGCAUGCCACCCUACUUGCCUAGGACUCAAGCUGCUGGCCCUGUGUCCCAGGGUAAGGCAGCAGGUCAGGUGACCCCUCCAACUCCCCCUCAGACUGCUCAGCCACCCCUUCCAGGGCCCCCACCUGCUGCAGUGGAAAUGGCAAUGCAGAUUCAGAGGGCAGCUGAGACACAACGCCAGAUGGCCCAUGUGCAAAUUUUUCAAAGGCCAAUCCAGCACCAGAUGCCCCAGAUGACUCCCAUGGCCCCCAUGGGUCUGAACCCACCUCCCAUGGCCAGAGGUCCCAGUGGGCAUUUGGAACCAGGAAUGGGGCCCACAGGGAUGCAGCAACAGCCACCGUGGGCACAAGGAGGAUUGCCUCAACCCCAACAACUACAGUCUGGGAUGCCAAGGCCAGCCAUGAUGUCAGUGGCCCAGCAUGGUCAGCCCUUGAACAUGGCUCCACAACCAGGACUGGGCCAGGUAGGUGUGAGCCCACUCAAACCAGGCACUGUGUCUCAACAAGCCUUACAAAACCUUUUGCGGACUCUCAGGUCUCCCAGCUCUCCCCUACAGCAGCAACAGGUGCUCAGUAUCCUUCACGCCAACCCCCAGCUGUUGGCUGCAUUCAUCAAGCAGCGGGCUGCCAAGUAUGCCAACUCUAAUCCACAGUCCCUCCCAGGGCAGUCCGGCAUGCCCCAGGGGCAGCCAGGGCUGCAACCACCUACCAUGCCAGGUCAGCAAGGGGUCCACUCCAAUCCAGCCAUGCAGAACAUGAAUCCUAUGCAGGCAAGUGUCCAGAGGGCUGGCCUGCCCCAGCAGCAACCACAGCAGCAGCUCCAGCCACCAAUGGGAGGGAUGAGCCCCCAAGCUCAGCAGAUGAACAUGAAUCACAACACCAUGCCUUCACAGUUCCGAGACAUCUUGAGACGACAGCAGAUGAUGCAGCAGCAGCAGCAGCAGGGAGCAGGACCAGGAAUAGGUCCUGGAAUGGCCAACCAUAACCAGUUCCAGCAACCCCAAGGAGUUGGCUACCCCCAACAGCAGCAGCAGCAGCAGCAGCGGAUGCAGCAUCACAUGCAACAGAUGCAAGGGAAUAUGGGACAGAUGGGCCAACUCCCCCAGGCCUUAGGAGCAGAGGCAGGAGCCAGUCUGCAGGCCUAUCAGCAGCGACUCCUUCAGCAACAGAUGGGGUCCCCUGCUCAGCCCAACCCUAUGAGCCCCCAACAGCAUAUGCUUCCAAGUCAGGCCCAGUCCCCACACCUACAAGGCCAGCAGAUCCCGAAUUCUCUCUCCAAUCAAGUACGCUCUCCCCAGCCUGUCCCUUCUCCACGGCCACAGUCCCAGCCUCCCCACUCCAGCCCUUCUCCAAGGAUGCAACCUCAGCCUUCUCCACACCACGUUUCCCCACAGACCAGUUCCCCACAUCCUGGACUGGUAGCUGCCCAGGCCAACCCCAUGGAACAAGGGCAUUUUGCCAGCCCGGAUCAGAAUUCGAUGCUUUCUCAGCUUGCUAGCAAUCCAGGCAUGGCAAACCUCCAUGGUGCAAGCGCCACGGACCUGGGACUCAGCACCGACAACUCAGACUUGAAUUCGAACCUCUCACAGAGUACACUAGACAUACACUAGAGACACCUUGUAGUAUUUUGGGAGCAAAAAAAUUAUUUUCUCUUAACAAGACUUUUUGUACUGAAAACAAUUUUUUUGAAUCUUUCUUAGCCUAAAAGACAAUUUUCCUUGGAACACAUAAGAACUGUGCAGUAGCCGUUUGUGGUUUCAAGCAAACAUGCAGGAUGAACCUGAGGGAUGAUAGAAUACAAAGAAUAUAUUUUUGUUAUGGCUGGUUACCACCAGCCUUUUUUUUUCCCCUUGUGUGUGUGGUUCAAGUGUGCACUGGGAGGAGGCUGAGGUCUGUGAAGCCAACCAUAUGCUCCUGCCUUGCACCUCCAAUAGGUUUUAUUAUUUUUUUUAAAUUAAUGAAAAUAUGUAAUAUUAAUAGUUAUUAUUUACUGGUGCAGAUGGUUGACAUUUUUCCCUAUUUUCCUCACUUUAUGGAAGAGUUAAAAAAAAAAAAUUUUCUAAAACCAGAGGAUAAAAGGGGUUAAUGUUACUUUAAAAUUACAUUCUAUAUAUAUAUAUAUAUAUAUAAAUAUAUAUAAAUAUAUAUUAAAAUACCAAUUUUUUUCUCUGGGUGCAAAGAUGUUCAUUCUUUUAAAAAUGUUAAAAAAAAAAAAAAAAAAAUAUUUUCCUCCCCUCAAGUCAACUUUUGUGCUCCAGAAAAUUUUCUAUUCCGUAAGUCUGAGCGUAAAACUUCAAGUAUUAAAAUAAUUUGUACAUGUAGAGAGAAAAAUGACUUUUUCAAAAUAUACAGGGGCAGCUGCCAAAUUGAUGUAUUAUAUAUUGUGGUUUCUGUUUCUUGAAAGAAUUUUUUUCGUUAUUUUUACAUCUAACACAGGAAAAAAUUAAAAAGAGGGUAAGAAACGAUUCCGGUGGGAUGAUUUUAACACACAAAAUGUCCCUGGGGUUUCUUUGCUUGCUUUCUUCCUCUUUAUCCUGCCCACACACGCCCACACACACACACACACACACACACACACACACACACACACACACAUACACUUUCUGUAAAACUUGAAAAUAGAAAGCAAAAACCCUCAACAGUUGUAAAUCAUGCAAUUAAAGUUGAUUACUUAUAAAUAUGAACUUUGGAUCACUGUAUAGACUGUUAAAUUUGAUUUCUUAUUACCUAUUGUUAAAUAAACUGUGUGAGACAGACACCUUGACUUUGUUCCA